CCACGGCCGCCGUACUUGUGUUUAUUAGACGAGUCGUAGUACAGCUAAGCUGGGCGAAAAAAUGGCAGAGUAUUUACGUGUAAAAUCAACUAGGCUAGUUUUGAAAGGUCGAGACAAAGGAAAAAAGAAGAAGCACAAAGAUAAGCAGAGAAAAGCUACAGAUGCAGAAGAAAAACCUGAUGUUGUUGGUGGUUGGUGGUCCAUCAGCAGCUUUGGGGGGAUUGCCGGAACAGUUGCCAUAGAAAUGCAGAACAACUCGUAUAUCCAUGCUCUUGAUACUGGGCUCUUCACACUCGGUGCACCACACAAAGAUGAUGAAGGACCAGACCCUCCAGAGCAGUUUACUGCCGUCAAGGUCUCAGACGCACGAAUAGCCUUGAAGUCUGGAUAUGGCAAGUACCUGGGUAUUAACUCUGAGGGUUUGGUGGUGGGGCGCUCUGAUGCCAUUGGCCCCAGGGAACAAUGGGAACCAGUCUUCCAGGAAGGUAAAAUGGCUCUCCUGGCAGCAAAUAGCUGUUUCAUCUCUUACAGUGAGAGUGGUGACAUCGUGGCCAAGAGCAAGAUGGCAGGGGAUGGCGAGAUGGUGAAGAUCCGAUCAAGUGCAGAACGAGAGGUCAAGCGUAAAGAUGACAUUGCAGAUGAGGACAGGGGCAAUGUGAAGUCCUGCGAGGUCAAUUAUGUGAAGAAGUUUCAGAGUUUUCAGGAUCGGCAGCUCAGGAUUAAUGAGGAAGACUCUUCUACGCUGAAGAAAGCCAGAAUGGAUGGGAAGUUUCAUGAAGCUUUGCUCGACAGGUGUGACAACAGACUCAUUUAUUUAUUGUUAAACUCCAGUUACACAUUCCUUUGUACUCACUCCUUUAAGUUCUUUCCUCUCAAAAACAGGUUAUUAAAUGUUGUAUUUUGACUGGAAAAAAAAUCA